AUGAAAUACUCAAAGUGUGGUUGGUUCCUCUCUCUCUCUCUUUUUGAAAAAUGGAGGGAUGCAGUAUCAUUAAUAAAAAUGGACGAAUACGGAGGAGGUGACGGGUAUGAUCUCAAAGAUAGAUAG